AAGCAAAACAUCUCGUGGAAAAUGUGCUACUAUGUUGGCUACAAAUUAGUGUAAAUACGAGCCACAACAAGUGAAAAAUACAAACACAUCACAAACGAACCACCUUAGUCGUAUCCUAUCAAGUACAAACACCAGGCUACACUUGAUCUACAGUUUCAUGGAGUCACCGAUCGCGAUCGUAAAGGAUGAAGAAAGAACUACGCUCCUGCACGGCGUGCGGUGAACCGAUAUCGGACAAGUUCCUGCUGGAUGUCGGCGGCUGCUCGUGGCAUUCGGCCUGCCUCAGAUGCUGCAUCUGCCACACGCCGCUCGAUCAGCAGCCAUCCUGCUACGUGCGCGACCGGCAGAUCUACUGCAAAACGGAUUACGCCAAGACAUUCGGGACGAAGUGUGCGCGGUGUAGCCGGACGAUCAGUGCCACCGAUUGGGUACGCCGGGCUCGCGAUCUUAUCUUUCACCUAGCCUGCUUUGCCUGUGAUAGCUGUGGGCGCCAGUUGUCCACCGGCGAACAGUUCGCCCUCGUAGACGAUAAGGUACUGUGCAAGACGCACUACUCGGAGAUGUUCGACUGCGGCACCUCGAGCGAUGAUGGAUGUGAGGCGGAUGGCUACCAAAAGAACAGUAAAACCAAACGCGUCCGGACGACGUUCACCGAGGAGCAGCUGCAGAUCCUGCAGGCUAACUUCAACAUCGACAGCAACCCGGAUGGGCAGGAUCUGGAGCGGAUAGCAUCGGUAACUGGGCUCAGUAAGCGAGUGACGCAGGUGUGGUUCCAGAACUCGCGUGCCCGCCAGAAGAAACAUGUUCAAGUUCCUAGGGACGGUGAGAUGAAUCCGUUCGCGAGACACAUCAACCUGCAGCUCUCCUACACCUUCCAACAGUCGAACGUGAUGCACAGUCCGCUGCAUCUAGGGCCAGGUGGGGCUCCGUACGGUCCCGGUGGCCACUUCGGUGGCCAUCACAAUAGCAACAACAACAAUAACAACACUAGUAAUAUCAACAACAACCACUCGUCUAAAUCAUCGAUCUACAGUACGCAUGAUUCCUCUCUGGACGAACUAUCGGAGGAUUCGGCCAUCCACUGCAUGCAAAGUGAAGCCUGAUAAACAAGGGAGCGAUCCCCAAAUCGUCGUGUUGUUGAACAGUAUUAACUUAUUGAAUCGCUGGUGCAUCCUGGAGGUUGUUUUGAGAUGUUUUGUUUUAAGUUUUUUGCAUAAGGUUUCAAAGGCCGUUACACCCCCACCCCCGGUUCGGAGGGAGUGCCACCCUCCAUCAUUGAUCAUCCCCAGUAAAAGGUAUAGCCGUGGCCUUAUGUUGUAUUGACAGAGAGCGCAGAAAUCGUUUCAAACGUAGUACUAGAAAAAUUAACGAAAUAAAGGAAAUUAUUUAUUUAACACAACUCA